UCCUUUUACAGCUCCUUGAAUGUUUCAAACAUGAACCUGAGGUUGAUCUUUGACCUGUUUUUGCUUCUGAGUCUUCCAACCUGGGUAGCCCUGGGAGGCAGAGCCCAACGCAAACAGAGACAAGCUGAGGAGAGUCUGAGACCGUAUAUUGGCAGAGUAGAUCCAGAAAAGCUUUGUGAGCUCCUAAAAUGUCACAGUCCAGUGGGAUCUUGGUGCCAGGUAGUUCAUGAAAAUGGAGUCCUCAUCCCAAAGUGUGUCUGUCCACAGUCCUGUUCAUGGCAGAGGGCACCAGUGUGCAGUGUUCUUGGAAAAACCUAUGGGAACGAGUGUUUGCUGCAUAAAGAAGCCUGCAGAAAGAGGCGUCGAAUUGGACUGGCUCAUACUGGGCCCUGUCUGGUCCCCAGGGCUAAAUGCACUGAGGAGGAGUUCAGCCAGUUUCCAUAUCGUCUCCUGGACUGGUUUCUGCUCCUGAGUCGUAUGGGGGAGACGUAUGCACCUGCUCCCCCGCCCCAGAGCUGCCUCAGCCACGCCCAGAGGACACAACUGGCACAGCAAAGAUUUACUUUAUUGGACAAGAACAAAGACGGCAAGUUGAGCCGCCGAGACCUGAGGAAGCUGGGUUACAAGAGGAUGCCUCUGGAGCAUUGUGCUACGCAGUUCUUUCGGUCAUGUGACCUUAACAAGAACAGAAAGGUGACCCUACGGGAGUGGACCGCCUGUCUUGUGGAUCACUCUGAGGCCUGGUUCUUCAAUUUUAUGUCGAUGAGAAUGGGCUCCCGUAAGCUGUGUCCUACAAUCAAAGAGAACCACCUCUGACAUGACUCCUGCUGGUCCUUCUUCUUUUUCUUUUUUUUCUUUGCAAAGAGCUCACUGAAGGUUGUUAUCUGAUUAAAAGAUACAGGAAGGCAUCUCUACACACUUCCCUCGCUCUCAUUCUGUUUCCCUUUGUAUCGCAGCUUGUUAUAUAGUGAUUUAUUGGGUUAUCAAAUGAGAGAGUCCGCUGGUCAUCUGUGCGCUCAUGUGUAUGCUUAAAUGACACAAUUAAAUGUCUGGACAUACUGACCGCAAGUAGUUUUUAAUUACAUUAGCUGACAUUUGUACAUUUGUGCAGAGACAUUGGCGACAUUAAGUGCCAGAUUGCAUGGCAUGCUUUAAACAACCAAUUAAAAGGGAGAAUGACUGCAUAUUGUGUACUUGAAUGACAAAAUAGAUGGGAAAUAAAGACAAGGGGGAAUUAAACCCUUAGGAUGGGAUGACGUGACCAGGGAAGAGACAAAGAGAUAAUAAUGGGGGGUGAAGGGGAAGAAGAGGAGUAAAGUGUCAUGAUGCACUGGAGGAGAGUGAGAGCAAAGUGACUGAAAGUAAGAAGAGAGAAGUAUAAAGUGUGUAUGUGGAAGACGGGAGGAAGGAGGUAAUGCACUGUAAAUGGGAGUUGAGAGUAAUGGAGUAAUGCAUAAAAAAUGGAUCAGAAAUGAGAGAAAGACUGAGAACGGGGAGUGAGAGGGGGAAGGGAUGGCUGGGAACGCGGGAGGAGAAGAUGAAAUAGAGGAGAAAAGGGGUUUGGAAGCUGCAAACAUUUCCAUGUUCAUCCAACUCUGUGAGAAUCAUGCAGAACAUUUGAACACAUGACCUCUGUCAAGGUCAAAGAACUUGAACGCAAGCUUGCUGCCUAUUUGCAUGUUUGCACCAUCUAUAAUAAA